CUCACAGGACCAGGAGGGUCUCGAGGAGAAACCGAGGCCGAAGGAACCCAGCGGACCGCGGCUGGCCUGCCUGGCCCCACUUCUACCCCCGGGCCCAGGGCUCCCUAUCCAUAUCCUUUCUGGCACUUUCCCCGGGCCCCCUACUCGCUCUCGGGGUGAGCCCCCGCGGACACCCGGGCUCUAGCACGAGCGGUGACCUCGGGUGGUCAUCUCUGCCCCCCACAUCUCUGCUGUCAGGCGGGGAGGAAGCAGCAGAGAGGUGUCUGGGCGGGGCGAGUGGCUUAAUGAGUAAUCAGCUGGCCUCCUGUCACCCGCCGCUGCCCGCUGCCGAGCAGGAAACCCGGCAGGGGGUGGGGCGGGGAUUCCAGGAGGGGAGGAGCGGCGGGCGGGGACCCCCGGGCUACCCUAUACCACUAGCUCGCGGCUACCUCCGGCCAGACUCCACUCGCUCGUCCCCUGGAGGUCCCUGAGCCGGAGUGUCUGCGGCCGGCGUCCUGCUUUCGGGAAUCACCAACCUGCCGGGUCCUGCCUCAGCUGAGGGAUGGCAUCCCCCGGGGCCGAAACAAAGAAACCGGAACAUCACAGUGGCUUCGUACAGCUUUGCAAUCCCCAUGUGGCAGCAAUGAAAGAAGAUGUCCUCUACCAUUUCAGCCUCAGCACCAGCACCCACGACUUCCCGGCUAUGUUUGGAGACGUGAAGUUCGUGUGUGUUGGAGGAAGCCCUUCGCGGAUGAAAGCCUUCAUCAAGUACGUGGCUGUGGAGCUGGGCCUUGGCCAGCCAGAUGCAGACUACCCCAACAUCUGCGAGGGCACCGACCGCUACGCCAUGUUUAAAGUGGGCCCGGUGCUGUCCGUCAGCCACGGGAUGGGCAUCCCUUCCAUCGCCAUCAUGCUGCAUGAGCUCAUCAAGCUGCUGUACCACGCCCGCUGCUCCGACGUCACCAUCAUCCGCAUCGGCACCUCCGGAGGGAUAGGUCUGGAGCCUGGCUCCGUGGUCAUCACCGGGCAGGCGGUGGACGCCUGCUUCAAGCCGGAGUUCGAGCUGAUGGUCCUCGGGAAGCGGGUGGUCCGCAGCACGCACAUGGAUGAGCAGCUGGUACAGGAGCUGGCACGGUGCUCUGCGGACCUGGGCAAGUUCCCCACGGUCGUGGGCCACACCAUGUGCACCCUGGACUUCUAUGAAGGACAAGGCCGCCUGGACGGGGCGCUCUGUUGCUACACGGAGAAGGACAAACAGGAGUAUCUGCAGGCGGCCUAUGCGGCCGGCAUCCGCAACAUCGAGAUGGAGGCAUCGGUCUUCUCCGCCAUGUGCAACGCCUGCGGCCUCCGAGCGGCUGUGGUGUGUGUCACCCUCCUCAACCGCCUGGAAGGGGACCAGAUCAGCAGCCCCCACGAGGUGCUAGUGGAGUACCAGCAGCGGCCCCAGCAGCUGGUGGGUCACUUCAUCAAGAAAUGCCUCGCGGAGGCCUGAGUUCUCUGUGUCUCCAGACAUAAGUUCGUGUCUCUGGACACAGACGUUCUUUCGUGGUUGCUGCAAAUAAAAUCAUUGUCAC